AUGGAGAAAGUAAUAUUUGAAAAAUUUUGUACCGAAUUCAACGCCUUACAUAUACAUUUGGAUGUAAUCGAUUCAACACAAUUAUAUAGUAGAAGGCAUCUGAAAGAAUUUAUAGAUGAUGCAAAAUUAAAAGAUGACAAAAAUAUAAUUAUAGUUAGUUGUAAUUCUCAGACGAAUGGAAUUGGUACAAGGGACACUAAAAAAAAUGUAGAUAGAAAAUGGCUAUCUGAGGAAGGAAAUGUAUUUGUUACUUUUACUUUUCUAUGGAAUAAAGAAGAUAUACAAAAAGUAAGUUGCUUAGGUCAAACCUGCACUGUUGCUAUAAGUAAAACUUUAGAAUGUUUUCAUUUAGUUCCUCGUAUAAAAUGGAUAAAUGAUGUUUUAGUAAAUGAUAAAAAAAUAGCAGGAUGUCUUGUUAAUUUAUAUUUUUUGGAUGAUAUAUCCCUAUCAUUAUCAAAAGACUAUGUGUGUGUAAUGGUGGGUAUUGGUAUUAAUGUACACUUAACCGAUGAUAAAAACAUUUUACAUAAUAAGUACACAUCCAUAAAAAAAGAAUUACUAAUAGAUUUUAACAUUAUGCCUUUAAUACCAUCAGUAGAAGAAGUAACUAAAAAGUUAAUAGAAAAUUUAUAUUCAUGCAUUCAUAAAUUACACGAUGAUGGAUUUUCUCAUUUUUUAGAUUACAUUACAGAUAGAUUAUUAUACAAAGGAAGGAAAGUUAUAAUAGAUCAAGAUAAUACUGAGGUGGUUGGGUACGUACGGGGAAUACUACAUGAUGGUUCGCUCAUACUUCUAGAUGAAAACAAUGAUACUGUUCAUGUAAAUACGGGGCAUCUCCAUCUCUACAACAAGUGUUAA